AUGGAACCGAACAUAUAUCGAACAAUAAGCGACAACAACCGCGAAAAUCUUUCAAGGGUUCCUGGGUGGUUUUGCUUUGACUUUACUCUCCAUGGUCUGCGCGGUCUCAACACAGCUAAAUCAAUUUCAAAAGCACUAUACGGUCUUUCUUAUUUAGCUGGGGGGGCUCGCUUAUUGGGGGUGCAUCAUAGCCAUGGGAAAAAGGCCCUACAGCUUGGUGAAGACAACACGGGCGCAGGCCCAAAUGUCCUAAAUAUAGCCAGGACGAAAGUCCUCAGCAAGCAUGGAGAAGCCGAGAAAAUCCUCCUAAUUGAAAAGCGAGGCCAUGAAGAGAUUACGCAUAUUGCUCCCUUGGUAACAUGGACCUUAUUCACUCCUGCGGACAACCUCGUUCAUCAGCUUACUCUCGCCCACCUCAUCCAUGAAGCACGUAACAGGCGAGUUAAGAGGCAGUUUGUCCUCAAAGUUCGACCAUCUCUCCUUUUAGUGCAACUCCAUGUGGUGGUGUACGCAGAAUCUAUGGGCAUUCACCUCACGAACUCAAAGUGUUGA